GGAUUUGUCCCGCCCACCGCCGCCAGCCCGGUUCCAUUUCCGGCUGGCUGGGCACUGGGGUCCAGAAAGUGAUCGCUGCCGUGGUCGCCAUGGGGAAGUCGGAUUUUCUUACUCCCAAGGCUAUCGCCAACAGGAUCAAGUCCAAGGGGCUGCAGAAGCUGCGCUGGUAUUGCCAGAUGUGCCAGAAGCAGUGCCGGGACGAGAAUGGCUUUAAGUGUCAUUGUAUGUCCGAAUCUCAUCAGAGACAACUAUUGCUGGCUUCAGAAAAUCCUCAGCAGUUCAUGGAUUAUUUUUCAGAGGAAUUCCGAAAUGACUUCCUAGAACUUCUCAGGAGACGCUUUGGCACUAAAAGGGUCCACAACAACAUUGUCUACAAUGAAUACAUCAGCCACCGAGAACACAUCCACAUGAAUGCCACUCAGUGGGAAACUCUGACCGAUUUUACCAAGUGGCUGGGCAGAGAAGGCUUGUGCAAAGUGGACGAGACGCCAAAAGGCUGGUAUAUUCAGUACAUAGACAGGGACCCAGAAACUAUCCGCCGGCAGCUGGAACUGGAGAAAAAGAAAAAGCAGGACCUUGAUGAUGAAGAAAAAACUGCCAAAUUUAUUGAAGAACAAGUGAGGAGAGGUCUGGAAGGGAAGGAACAGGAGGUCCCCACUUUUACGGAAUUAAGCAGAGAAAACGAUGAAGAGAAAGUCACGUUUAAUUUGAGUAAAGGAGCAUGUUCAUCCGGAGCAACGUCUUCCAAGUCAAGUACUCUGGGACCAAGCGCACUGAAGACUAUAGGAAGUUCAGCAUCAGUGAAAAGAAAAGAAUCUUCUCAGGGCUCAGCUCAGUCCAAAGAAAAGAAAAAAAAGAAAUCUGCAUUGGAUGAAAUCAUGGAGAUUGAAGAGGAAAAGAAAAGAACUGCCCGAACAGACUACUGGCUACAGCCUGAAAUUGUUGUGAAAAUUAUAACCAAAAAACUGGGAGAGAAAUAUCAUAAGAAAAAGGGUAUUGUAAAGGAAGUAAUUGACAAAUAUACAGCUGUUGUAAAGAUGAUUGAUUCUGGAGACAAGCUGAAACUUGACCAGACUCAUUUAGAGACAGUAAUUCCAGCACCAGGAAAAAGAAUUCUAGUUUUAAAUGGAGGCUACAGAGGAAAUGAAGGUACCCUAGAAUCCAUCAAUGAGAAGACUUUUUCAGCUACUAUAGUCAUUGAAACUCCUGCCCUCGUUAAAAAUAAAAAUUUAGAGAAAGCUCUGUAUGUGCGUGUAUCUGUCUCAUGUUUCUGUGUUUUUUUCUGAGUCACUUGAACUUUGCAAGUGGUUGUUUUUAUCAUUUCUGGCAUCUUAAGUUUCUAUGUCAUUGGUAAUAUUUGAAAUUUAUACAUUUAUUAAGCAAAUUUUUAACAUCUAAUAAAUUGCUUCUAAAUAGCCUCAGCUUUUCAGCUAUUUGUCCUAUAAACCUAAGUGUCUGGCUCCCUUAUUCUCCAGAUUUAUAGUUCUUAUCAGAAAAAUGUAAUUGACCAUAGAGCAUUAAACAUGAUAAUGAAAAAUUCAACCUAGGUCAUACUUUAUCUGGGAACUUAAUUCCCUUAAAUAUGAUAAUUAUUUGUUGUUAAGAGAAGCAGUAAAAAAAUGUUAAAAUCUCAGUCCAGGGUUAGAGUCAUCAUCAUUGUCAUCA